AUGGGCCUAAACGUACCUGGUUUGAUCACUCUUCUGGGCUUCUACGCGGUUGUCCUGGCAACAGGAAUAUGGGCCUCCAGGAGAGCAAAAGCAAAGGUGACCACAGGGACUGUCACCGAGGUGACGUUGCUGGGGGGACGCACCAUCGGUAUGGCCGUGGGAAUUUUCACCAUGACUGCUACCUGGACUGGAGGAGGGUUCAUUCUUGGGGUUGCAGAAACUGUUUAUACUCCAGGAAAAGGCCUUGUUUGGGCAAUGCCACUCCAAUUUUCCGUCACAUUCAUAAUAGCUGGUUUGGUCUUCGCUAAACCUAUGAGGGAGAGGAAAUAUGUGACAAUGAUGGAUCCUUUUCAGAUCAAGUAUGGCAAAGUGGUGGCUACUUUGAUGAUCAUCCCUAACAUCGCUUCAGAGAUUCUUUAUUUUGGUUGCGUACUUUUGGCACUGGGGGGAACGACAAGCUCCGUUCUCGAUUUGCCAUUCGUCUACUCUGUGGUCAUAUCUGCAGCAGUAACGAUCAUCUAUACUCUCCUUGGAGGUUUCUACUCUGUGGCCUACACUGAUGUCAUUCAGUUGGUCUUUAUUUUUGCUGCAUUGUGGCUGCUUGUACCAUUCAUCUUUUUGAACCCUAUCCCUCUUGACAUCAGCGUCACAGCCUUGAAUCACACCUACCAGCCACCUUGGAUUGGACAAAUACCGACACAGGACAUUGGAAAAUGGCUUGAUGAAUUUCUUGUGGUGAGCUUUGGAGGACUUGCAACACAGUGCCUCCAUCAGAGAAUCCUGUCCUCCUCAUCAGCGGCGAGAGCACAGGUCACAUGCUUUAUUGCAGCUGUGAUGAUCAUCAUCCUGGGAGUUCCAUCCGUUCUCAUUGGAGCAGUGGCAGCAUCCACAGAUUGGAAUCAAACAGACUAUGGUGCCCCUUCUCCAUACGAUCGUGGAGAAGCCUAUAGCAUCCUGCCCAUCUGUCUGCAGUAUCUCACCCCUCAAUUUGUCUCCGUCAUUGGGAUCGCCGCUGUGGCUGCAGCCGUGAUGUCCUCAGCAGACUCUAUGCUCAUCUCCGCCACGUCAAUGUUCAGCUCCAACAUCUACAAGAACAUCAGAAAACAGGCCUCAGACCGAGAGAUGCAGUGGGUGAUCCGCAUCUCUAUUGUUGUGGUUGGUGUGGUCGGCACAGCUCUGCCCUUCCUAACCAACAGCAUCAUAGGGCUUUACAUCCUGGCGGCGGACGUUGCAUACUGCGUAAUCUUUCCUCAUCUGGUCUGUGUCGUCUUUUGCCCCGUCGCCAACGGUUAUGGGGGCGCCAUGGGGUAUUUCCUGGGUAUCCUGCUGAGGUGUUUGUGUGGAGAGCCAACCAUUGGACUCCCAGCGGCCAUCCAUUUUCCGGGUGGUGAAACAGUCGAUGGUGUUUACAUCCAGAGAGCACCUGUCCGGACAGUAGCCAUGCUUGUCACGCUGAUCUGCGUCCUGUUUUUCUCGUACAUCUUUGAGCAACUAUUCCACCGUGAUGUACUUCCUAAGCGAUGGGACAUCCUUAAGGUCAGCCAUGUGACCACACCACCACAGAGGCUGGAACAAGCGAGCAGUGACGCCGAUGGACAAAUGGAGACAAUGAUGUCAGCAUCUGACACAGGCCAUUUGGAGUGGCCGCAAGUAGAAGAAAGCACAAAGCUGUAGUAUACUGACAAUGGAGCAGAAUAUUGGAGUGCCGACUGUGGACUGUGUGUUUCCCCGUAUGAUUUCCUCUCUGUAUUUGUGCAUAUGUGUGUGAGCAGGGCCGGAUUAACAUGGUCUGGGGCCCCUAGGCUACAGGUUGCUGUAGGCCCCCCCUGAAAGCAUAUUUCCCGACAAAUGUACAUAGGCUUAAUUCCUAGAUCAUAAUUAUGACACUGUCUAACAUGUCUACCAACUGCACUCAAGACAACAAAUUUUCACUUUUAUUCGAUCCGGGCCCCCUGGCAGGUGGGGACCCCUAGGCUACAGCCAUAUCUAGCCUGUGUGUUAAUCCGGCCCCGUGUGU